GCGCACCGGCGGCAGGGCUCGGGCGGCGCUUCAUCUGUCGUCGCUUAGACCGGCGAGUGGGGUGUACCAUGGCAACAAGGGUAUGCUAGAGCAGUUAACUGUCAGACGAGGAGAUACGUACGAUGCCGAGGAACUGAGCAAGUACAAGGCAGCCAUCCAGACACAGCUGGAGGAUGACGAGCUUAAGUAUCGGGCACUUAAGGAUAGCCUGGAUAUGCAGGACAAGCAUGUGAACUCAUUGGUGUGUUGUGUGGUAUAG